CUGGAUCAGGGAAAUUGGACGGUAACUCUUACACUCGCUUGGAUCUUUCCAUUCUUUAAUGAUUCCGUAUAAACUUCUAGCAAAAGUGGAGCCAGUUCUGUAGCAUAAGAUCUAAAAAAAACUCAGCGGCAAAGCCAUCUGGCCCCGGAUAACCUCGCCAAACUCCUCCAAGUUUAUCUCAGAAUCAAGAGAAUUUUUUUGCUCAGUCGAGCAAAGUCAGGUCAGGUCCACUCGGCUGCAAAAUGAGUAUCACACAAUGACUUACUCCACUGACUUUAUGAAGGACAAUGCUUGCUGUGGGCAUAUAAAUAUUUUGUGGCCAUCCUUAGCAUCUAUUCUCAGUUUGGCCGGGAACAUCGUUGCAAACACGACCUUCCAUUGAUGUAAGAGUUUCUUGCAUUCCCUGAAUUGAUCACACCCCUCUCCUGUCUAAUUCUCAAAGCCUGGGAACAAGAAAAUUCUGUGGUUCUUCCAAGAAAGCCCUCCUUUACUCCCCGCCUUGUGCAACACGUGAUCCCCAUCGGAUGAUCUCAGAAAUUUGGCCAGAAUUGAUCGGGGCCUGUCUCCCGCCACGGAUCUCAGAGCCAGAUCUCUGUGAGUUCGCCCAACCCCCAGCCCAUGGCCUGUUAUGUCGAGCAGACCCAGAAAGAGCCUGUCCAGAAAUUCUACCAUAUUCUGACCCUCUGCUCAUUCAGGAACUCCCAACAAUUCGGAUGCUGCUCCACCAGUCACAACUUCCCAAAUGCGCUCAAAGUCCACCUUGGUCGGCAGCAGUUUAGCAGCCAGUUUCCUCUCCGAUGACUCCAGACAAUCGAUCCACCAAUCAAAACAUCCGCCACUCUUGCAACCAUCUCAGUGAAUUUCGUCUUCAUGGCAGUGAUCGAUUGACGCAUCACAGUAAGAUCCUCCAAGUCAGCAACGACCCUCUUCAGCAUUGCUGACAUGCUCAACAGUUGACACUGAAGCUCUUUCACCUCAGCGGCCAAACCGAGCUUUAGCCUGAGCACGCAACCAUCCCCCAAUGUCUCCAGAGCCUGAGGAUUCCGAAUUCCCCGACAUAUUGCCUUCCUAGGACAGUUAAAAAUCAGGGUGUAUCAAGUCUCACCGGUCUAUGACACAAAAAGAGGCACAACUAGCAGAGUGCGCAGAGCUCGCCGUUCACACAUCCGAACCUCGCAUGGCGCCACGCGACUCUCGACCUGAUGGAAGUGAAGGAGGAAAGUCAAGAGCUGGAAAUACUUUCACAGACUGAAAACAAGUUCAAACAGAAAAAUACUGACAGAGCAGAAGCCAAAAACUCUUUCACCUGCAGUCAGUGUGGAAAGAGUUUCAUAUUUACAGGACACCUUGAGAUUCACAUGAGAAUCCACACUGGAGAGAAACCGUACACAUGUGAUCAGUGUGGAAAGAGUUUUGCACAUAAAAACAACUUUAAGACGCACAAAAGAAUUCAUACUGGAGUAAAGCCUUACACAUGUGAUAAGUGUGGAAAUAGUUUUGCACAAAAACAGUCCCUUACGAUUCACAUGAGAGUUCACACUGGAGAGAAGCCUUACACAUGUGAUCAGUGUGGAAAGAGUUUUGCACAAAAAGGAGCACUCAAUGGACACAUGAGAGUUCACACUGGAGAGAAGCCGUACACAUGUGAUCAGUGUGGAAAGAGAUUCAGAUGUCGAAAAAGUCUUAAAAACCACAUGAGAAUACACACUGGAGAGAAGCCGCACACAUGCGAUCAGUGUGGAAAGAGUUUCACAUGUAAAGCAAUCCUUAAGAAACACAUAAUAAUUCACACUGAAAAGAAACCAUACACAUGUGAUAAGUGUGGAAGUAGUUUUGCACAAAAACAUUCCCUUACUAUUCACAUGAGAAUGCACACUGGAGAGAAGCCGCACACAUGUGAUCAGUGUGGAAAGAGUUUCACACAAAAACAAUCCCUUACGAUUCACAAGAGAGUUCACACUGGAGAGAAACCGUACACUUGCCAUCAGUGUGGAAAGAGUUUUGCACAAAAAGGAGCACUCGAUGGACACAUGAGAGUUCACACUGGAGAGAAGCCACACACGUGUGAUCAGUGUGGAAAGAGUUUCCCAUGGUCAAAAUGUCUCCACAAUCAUCUGCUCUCUCACACUGGAGAAAGACCAUUUUACUGCGAUCAGUGUGGUAAAAAUUUUAUUCUGGAAUCAGCCCUGAAGCAACACCUGAAAGUUCAUACAAAAGAAAAGCCAUAUGUGUGUUCUGAUUGUGGAAAGAGUUUUGCAAUGCGGAGCAGUUUGAAACAGCACCAGAAAACACACACCGGUGUGAAAGACCAUGUAUGCUUUCAGUGUGAAAAGACUUUUACUAGAGUCAGCCAUUUGAAAGAGCACCAGAGGAUUCACACUGGAGAAAAACCUUACAAGUGUUCACACUGUGACAAGAGAUUCACUCUGACGUCUUACGUGAAAAGACAUGAGAAGAUCCACACUAGAGAGAAACCGUACCACUGCCCUCCAUGUGGGAAGAGUUUCUACCAAUCAAGUCAUCUACAGACUCAUAUGAAAAAGCUUCAUCCACAGUUCUCAGGGUGAACACUUGUUCAUCGUGUGGAUUUAAAUCAGGUUUUUGUUCUUGCCAGUAUUUCUACUGUAUGAAAUGUUCAAGCUGGGACGUGUAAUUUAAUGUGUUGUGUUGUUUCAUUUAUUCCUUUAAUGUGUUGUAUAGAGUGUGCUGCUGAUUCAACGUGAAAUUAUGAGAAA